GGAAAACGAAAGUGAUCUCAGAUAUCAUUCUGCUCAAGCUGUGUUUGUGUGCAACAAAAUGGCAGAGCCCAUUUUAAAAGACCAAGAUCCGUUCUUUUGUUCAAUAUGCUUGGAUCUACUAAAGGAUCCAGUGACUAUACAUUGUGGACAUAGCUACUGUAUGGGUUGUAUCAACGGCUGCUGGGAUCAGGAUGAUCUGAAAGGUGUCUACAGCUGUCCCCAGUGCAGACAUACCUUCACCCCAAGGCCUGUUCUGAACAGGAGCACUGUCUUGGUUGAAGUGGUGGAGAAACUGAAGAGGACAGGACCUCAAGCGUCACCUGCUCACUGUUAUGCUGGACCUGAAGAUGUGGAGUGUGAUGUCUGCACUGGGAGAAAAUACAAAGCUGUCAAGUACUGUCUGGUGUGUCUUGUCUCAUACUGCGAGACUCAUCUCCAGCCUCAUUAUGACUCGCUUGCCUUUAAGAAACACAAGCUGGUCAAAGCCUCCACACAACGACAGGAGAAGAUCUGCCCUCAUCAUGACAAACUGCUGGAGGUUUACUGCUGUACUGAUCGGCAGUGUAUCUGUCUGCUGUGUGUGAUGGAUGAACAUAAAGGCCAUGAUACGGUGUCAGUUGCAGCAGAAAGGACUGAGAAACAGAAACAGUUGGGUAAAAUACAGCAGCAGUACCACCAGAGAAUCCAGGAGAUGGAGAAGGAGGUACAGGAGCUUAGGCAGGCUGUGAAAACACUCACGCGCUCUGCACAGGUGACAGUGGAUGCGACUGACAGGAUCUUUAUUGAGCUGAUCCGCUCCAUUGAGCGAAGGCGUUCUGAGGUGAAGGAGCUGAUCAGAGCUCAGGAGAGGAUUGCAGGGAGUCGGGUUCAGGGACUCCUGGACCGACUAGAUCAGGAAGUCACUGAGAUGAAGAGAAGAGAUGCUGAGCUCAGGCAGCUCUCAAACACAGAGGAUCACAUCUAUUUCCUUCAGAGUUUCCAGUCACUCUCUGUCCCUCCUGCUUCUGAGGCCCUACCCAGCCCCACUUUCAAUCCACACAUUUCUUUUGAACGUGUGAAGAAAUUGGUUUCUGGACUGAAAGUGCAACUGGAUGGUAUCUGCAAGGAGGAAAUAGACAAGAUAUCUGAAAAUGUGAUGAAAGUGCAAAUUGUUCGACCUCUGGAGCCCAAGACCAGAGAGGAGUUCUUAGAAUAUUCCUACGAACUCACGGUGGAUCCCAACACAGCAUGUGGAACACUGCAUCUUUCUGAGAAGAACAGCAAGGUGACAUGGAGUGAAGGGGAGACUCAAGCCUAUCCUGAUCAUCCAGACAGAUUUACCCACUAUGACCAAGUGCUGUGUAGAGAGGGUUUAUCUGGAAACUGCUACUGGGAGGCUGAGCUUCGAGGCUGGAUUACUGUGGCAGUCUCAUAUGUGGCUCUUGUGAGGAAAGGAGAGGGUAAUGAGUGUAGGUUUGGAGGUAAUGAUCAGUCUUGGAGUUUGGAAUGCUCUCCCACCAGUUGUUCUUUCCUUCAUGAUAAUGUUAAGACUAAAAUACGAUCCCAUUGCACCUCCAGAGUAGGAGUGUACCUGGACUACAAGGCAGGAACUCUGUCCUUUUACAGCAUUUCAAAAAAAGUGACCCUCCUCCACAGAGUGAAUAACACAUUCACUGAACCCCUCUAUCCUGGGUUUGGGGUUGGUUUGGAAUCAUCUGUGAGGAUAAUGCUUCCCAUGCAGUCAACAUGAUUUUUCUGUGUUUUAUAUAUAUUUCCACACUAUGAGGUUAGAAUAAUACUGUGAAAUUGUGAACUGCAUCUCAGUGCGAGGCGUCACUACAGACCCUGGUUCAUUUCUAGGCUGUAUCACAGCCGGCCGUGAUUAGGAGUCCCAUAGGGCAGCUCACAAUUUGCCCAGCGUCAUCCGGGUUAGGGUUUGGCCAGGGUAGGCCGUCAUUGUAAAUAAGAAUUUGUUCUGACUUGCCUAGUGAAAAAAAGGUUACAUUGAAUGUAGUUUUGGCCUGCCUGGUGUCAUCUGCAGCUCUUACACUAAAAGGGCAUUAUCAUAAUUUUCACAGUAUUAUUCCAACCUCAUAGUAUGGAAAUAUAAACACUGAGUGCACAAAACAAUAGGAACAUCUUCCUAAUAUUGAGUUGCACAACCUUUUCCCUCAGAACAGCCUCAAUUCGUUGGGGCAUUGACUCGAAAGCGUUCCACAGGGAUGCUUGCCCAUGUUGAUUCCAAUUCUUCCCACAGUUGUGUCAAGUUGGCUGGAUGUCCUUUGGGUAGUGGACCAUUCUUGAUACACACAGGAAACUGUUGAGCGUGAAAAACCCAGCAGUGUUUUUUUAAUUCAAUUCAGUCUGGUAUAAGAACGGUAGCCCCUCACUGCAAAAGUAGGGUGUCUGCGGAAAUCCUAGGUAUGACUUACUACCAUAUAUGGGCAUACAUAUUUAUAAGGGCAGGCUGAGCCGAUGACCUCAUUUCAAGAUGGCUGCUAACUACAUUCCGGUUAGCAUUGUGAAGCAUAAACAAAAUUAUCACAGAAUACGUUGAUACACACCAAAAGCCUGGACUCCACAGCUCAUGAGGAUAUCUUAUUUGUCUCCCUGUGACCUACUUUGGUCUGUGUUUAUAUGCUAUAGCGACAUGGGGAAGGGGGGGGGUAUGUGUGUAUCAAAUGAACGCUUAGGUUGGUAGGAACAAAGCCUACUGCCAAUGUUAUCUGAUGUAUUAUUAUAAUGUCCACUGAGUGACUAUCUUUGCGCAUCAAAAAGAUGAUGUUGCCUGCUUACGUGCUGUAGGCAUCCAUAUCCGCUGUAUGUCACCCGACACCACCACAAUGUUUGAGAGAGGUUGGUGUCGUAUAAUUUUUUUUUUUAAUAGUGAACAAUAACAUUCGGACACUUUGGAGAAGUUGAAAGGACCCUUGAAUGUACCCUGGAUACACCAUAAAACCACAAUGUUUGAGUGAGGUUGAUAUGGUAGAAAAUUUGUUUUUUUAUGGAACAAAUAGCAUUUAGGGAUUGCAAUUAUGUAAUAGCACUGGAAAUGUCUAAUUUACAUUUAUAUGCCACUUUGGAGAGGUUUAGGGAAAGUUGGAAACAUCCCGUGACCACACCUGACCACUUACUAUUACGUCUGCCCAUUUCUAGUUGUUAGGUCUAUUAAUCCCAUUUUUUUCUCAUAUUGUUCACAUGUUGUGGAAGCCAUCUGUGUUUCCAGCUCUAGUCAUCAAUAAUUAACCUAUGGCUUGUCAAUAAAAGAUGACUUUCAAAAUUAAAAAGGUUAUUUUGUGUGUGUGCUUGAUCUUGUGUAUUCUGAACUAUGCAACUCCUAUCUUUCCUCAAUCUCCCAGAUGUCUUCUUUCCAAAUAUAGCAACUGUUUGUAUGUCAUAAUCAUGUAAUUACACAUUAAUAGCAGUUACUUUUGGGUAUGUCUAUUUAGGCAGACAUCUACAUUUUGCCAUGACAUUUAAGAGUUAAAUGUCUCCUCCCCUUCAUCUACACUGAUUGAAUUGACAUCAAUAAGGGAUCAUAGCUUUCACCUGGAUUUACCUGGUCAGUUUGUCAGGGAAAGAGCAGGUGUUCCUAAUGUUUUCUGCAUUCAGUGUAUAAAAUACAGAAAAAUCCACAUUUCGACUGCACUGGGCCUUUAAUAGACCAAUAAGAAAGAGUUCUACUCCUGAGCAAGGCAGUUAACCCACUGUUCCCCAGGCGUCAGAUGUGGAUGUAGAUUAAGGUAGCCCCCUACACACAUUUCAGUUGUACAACUGACUAGGUAUCCCCCUUUCCAAUCUUAGCAAAAGUUAU